GGACAUUUUGCUGCAGAUCCUCACUGACUGUUCACGUCGUGCACCGGCAACAUCUCAAAGACUUGGCUGACGAAGAAAAUCCAACAUGGCUGAUGAGGGAAAGCUUUUUGUCGGAGGCCUGAGCUUCGAUACCACAGAACAGUCUUUGGAAGAUGCAUUUUCAAAGUAUGGAAAUAUUUCGAAAAUUGAUGUGAUCAGGGACAGAGAAACGCAGAGGUCAAGGGGUUUCGGUUUCGUGACGUUUGAAAACCCCGAAGAUGCCAAGGACGCCCUGGAGGGCAUGAACGGAAAGUCUGUCGAUGGCAGGAUGAUUCGUGUGGAUGAAGCCGGAAAGUCCGGGUCCAGGUCUGGUGGCGGCUACAGGGGCUCGUCCGGCGGCAGAGGGGGAGCGUUCUUCCGCGGGGGCAGGGGACGAGGUGGGCGUGGUUACUCGCGAGGAGGUGGAGGAUAUGGCGGUGAUAGGGCAUACGGGGACAGGAGUUACGGAGGUGGGGACAGAGGAUAUGGAGGUGACAGGGGCUACGGUGGUGGUGACAGAGGCUAUGGGGGCGGAUACAACAGGAACAGUGGCGGCUACUCCGGAGGUGGUGGAGGCUACUACAACAGAGACAGUAGCAGGGGAGGGUCCAGCUAUGGUGAACGGUCUGGUGGAUCCUACAGAGACAGCUAUGAUAGCUACGGUAUGUAUGAAUAGACAUGGAUGUCUCCUCCAUGUGCAGCCUUCCCUUAAAGCCCUAGCAAAGAUGUCGAAUGUGAUCUAAACGAUGGAUCUGAACAUCCCGUUAAGGCCCAUGUUAUCCAGUUCUCCUAUCCUCUCAGUAUUUGCCCUUUUUCCCCCUUUAACACUGAGAAACACUGACAAGUAGGGAUAUCUGAACCUCAUGCUCUACCAGACCCAUCUUCAGUUUUAAUUGGUUCUUUCAUGCGAACUGCAAGUCAAACUUGAUAAGGGCUAGGCUUUGCUAUAUGAAGAGAACAUACUACUUCGCACUGUACUGGUGUCUCAGUCCCUACUCUCACAGCUUGUAGGCCACAAUGUCCUUUCCCCCCUUCCAGUCACUGUAUAUAAGCUUUGGAUCAGUUGAAUGGCACCCUUGGCUUGACGCUUAGAGCCCUAUAUGUUGGGGGCAGUUGUGUUUGAAGUGUUUUGGGCUAGUUGCUUUGAUGGGGACUUGCUUUUGUUUGAAAAGAGAAAGAAAAAAGCGAAAUGUUGGAGUGCUUCAGUGCCUUUACACCUGUGCCUGCUUCUUGUCCUCAGCUACACACGAGUAAAAACAUCCAGAUUCAAGAUCAUCCCUUCGCUGGCUGUAUUUAUAAAGAUACGCUCUUUGAAGAUUUUUUUUCCUCCUCCAAGUGUUUUUUUGUGACCUGAAUGUAGUGUUGUUGAAACAGCCUGUGUUUAGAGAACCUAUUUUUUUUACGGUGUUACACAACUUAAUGAGUCGGCUUUAAUAGAUGCUCUGUAGCGUUUGAUUUUGGUCACUGUAAAAUGACAAACUGUGAUGUACAAAAAAGGUUUCCUGUACCACAAGCUCAGUUCUGUUGCUCAAAGGGAGGGAAACCAAACUAAAACUUUUUACCAAAAAAAACUUUCUAUAAAUUUUGUUCAAUGAGAAAAGGCUCCUGUUCAACACAGCCUGGCAGCUUCUGAUACAAAUGGCUCCUCCUUGCUUAUGUUCACAUAGCACCUUCAUUUAUAAAUCGGUGGGGGGGGAAACUGAGUUGGCUGCAUCCAAACCUUUUUUUGUUUUGUUUUAAAAUUGAGUACAAAAUUCUACUAGAAGCUUGAUAAGCUGUGACGUGCCUGAGUAAGACUCGGUUCUCUCUGGAUUCUGUAAAUGCAAGGCGGGAAUUCAGUUUGCCCUUUCCAAUAAACAUUUUCACGUCAUAUUAUAAAUCAUCCAAAAAACCGAAUUCCUUUCAAACUGAUGAAACUGAGAACCUGCAGUCUGGUCAGCUGUACGUGAAGUUCUGCCAGAAGUAUUCAUGCUUUUUGCAACACUUUGCAUUUAAAAUGUGCUCUGCUGAAUGGACUGUUCUUCAUGAAAGACCUACUUCAGAAAUGUUGCUAUCAAUAUAUUGUCCCUGCUCGGAAAGAAUUUGUGCUCUGUUCUGUGUGUCAAACAACCUUUAAGAACCUUUCUUUUUGUAAAUUCUGGCUUCAUGAGGCCUAUUAAACAGUUCGUCAAAUGCU